AUGUUCAUUGUGGACGACACUGGAAUAAUGCAAGUUCUUUGCUGGGACAAAAUAGCAAAUGAACUCAUUGGAAAAUCGUGUGAAGAAGUAUUGCAAGACAUGUUGAAGCAUGACGAUGGUUCCGAUUUGCCAAUAGAACUGUCGGCUUUGAAGGACAAAGCACUUUUAUUCAAAGUUGGGAAGAAGAAGGAUCAGCUAAAACCUUACAAUGGAGCAUUCAUUGUUUCCAGAAUCACUGCUGAUCCAAUAUUAGUGAACAGAUUUGGAGGUUUAGAAAAUGCUCAACAGGAAUUUGAUUUUGCACAAGGUGAAUUAAGCAUUUCAUACAAGCCAAAAUCUGAAGUUGUGGAUGAUUCAGCUAAAAGUGGAUCAAAGAAAAAGCUGUCUGAUGAAGUUACAAGUAUUGAUGAAGACAGCAAAGGAAAGAAGAAAAUAAAGAUUGAAGGACUCUAG